UUUCUUUUAAUAACUUUCUCUUUUUGGGGUGGUGGUAAAAAAUUCAACCCCCUCAUUAUUACACAGUUUCUUAGACCCUUAUUGUUUGAUUACUAGAUCCCUCAAGGGGGAUUCCCUGAACAGGCUGUAUACUUUCACUGUCCGUCCGUCUGUCCUCACGCGGCUCUUCUCUCCGCAGCUCCCGUCUGUCUCCUCUCCAAUGGCAAGCUGCCCAUGUGGGCAAAGAGACUGCUGGGCGAAGCAGACCAUUCGGAGAGCAGCGCCUUUCACUCCAGGGUGAGCUACCAGCCCCAGGGCCGUUGGGCCGAGCGGGCGGACAAGGAACCCAUCAAAACCAUCCUGGAAGCCGACUUGAGCUACUUCACCCCGAUUCAGAACCGCAGCACGGCCGAGGCGGACCUGGCGCAGUGGAGUCUGGACCGGCUGGUCAUGGAGGCUGAGAAUUCUCCAGGCAACAUAACCGAAGACUUCAAGCAACCGGAUCUGUCUUCUUCCGACAAGGACACCCCGCAGGAGCUGGAGAGCAGCGGGACCAACCUCUACGUCUCCCAAGCAGACAGUAGCUCUUCCUUCGGAGAGAGAAGGUCAGUCCAUCAGCCUCUGUUCGAGGAGGAAGCCUCAAGCCCCAGAGACAAGGCUCCUGAGAUCACCCUCUCUGGGGCUCCUUUGGAUGCUGAGCUACCUGUCUCCGGGCACCAGCACAAAGAAAGAUUUGACGGCUGUAUCAGAGAUCGACAGUCGCUCGAAGACAGUGAGGACGGGGAGAGCCCACUCCCGAAUCCUCGCCUGAGCAUCUCCGCCAGGUUUCUCUCUCGCGCACAGAAGAACUGCAGAUUUGCGGCUGCCUUUCUCCCAAGAGUCUGUCCACUGGCUCAGGCAGCCACUGCCGAACGCCUCUCGGAGGAGUCCUUACCACUCAGCGACUUCACCAAAUCCAAGGUGUUGUCUUGCACCGGCGGGACCGAGGAGGAGUUCGCCCACGUCCAGCACAGGCUUUCUAGCACCUUCUGCUGGAUGAAGAGCGAGCUGGCGACCAGAGACUGCAAAGACAAGGCCGACGUCGCCGUCGCCACCGACCCCUCGUCCUUCUGGCCGAUCUGCCUCCAGGAAGGCGAGGCCCACGCGCUGCUGAAGCAUUACUCUGACUCUCUCCUGAACGUGGUUCAGAAGAAGCUGGAGGAGGCCCGGAAAACCAGCCUGCCUUGAAAGGGCUCCGUCCCUUCCCUUCCGCACCUUUGUGGCGCACGGAUGUCCGUUUCGGGGUGACUCCUCCUGAGGAGCUGAGCCUCCAACAUGAGCACCGAUUCACCUGUUGCCUUUUCAGCACUUUGUUCGCAUCCAUAGGAAGAGUUCAAAGGUUUGCCCAGUAACGCUGGCAAUUUGAACGCCUCCUUUUUUUGACAAAAAUAAUGUUUUUAGAAGACCGAGGAAAGACAAAUAAAAUUCAGAAAUUCUCCUAUGGUGCUGUUUGAAACUCGGGCUGCAGCACGGCUUUGUAAUGUUUUUAGAAAGGUUUUAAAUAUAAUAAAGUAUUUUUUGGAUUCGAAAGAGAGCUUCAGACUGAAUUUGUCAUGCGUGAACCUCCGGGAUAAAAAAUCCAGAGAGGUGUUUUCCUGUUUCAAACGAGUUUUGGGGACACUUGCAACUGCCAUAAAUAUGAAUCUUCUGAACUUUGAUGGUGUGGCCACGAGAAUGCUGCGAUGGUCAUGUCUGUGAGAAAUGGUCAUUUCUUCAGGGCCGUUAUAAGCUUUUGAACGGCCGCUAUACGAACCGUGGUAACUCAAGGACAACCUGCACUUCAUCUAUUUUCGAUCCGGCUUGCAGGAAAAUGUUUCCCCAAAAACUCUAUAGUCAAUGAAACCGUUGCUCAAGCUGCAGAUGAGCCGUUUCCCGGGUUAGCUUUGUUAAUCAAAAGAAGAAGAAGAAAGGGCGCGCCCAUUAAAAUCACACCGCUCCGAAAGCUGACCACGGAAACAGGUUUAUUCAAAUCGGAGCACUCAGCGAGACAUGGAAAUCUGGAGCUGUUUGGAGAGAGAGAGAGAGAGACCUGCUUGCUUUUGAGUGCAAAGCAGCAGGAAGAAAAAUCUCGGGGACACGACAAGGCCCCCCAAAUAACGACUCAACAACCCAGAGAUCCACUGGGUUAAUAUAGGUCCCCAAACUUGGCAACGUUAAGACUUGUGGACUUAAACUCCCAGAAUUCCACAAGUCUUAACGUUGCCGAGUUGGAAGACUUCUGAUAUAGACUGUUUGAUCCAGU